CGGUGUGCUGUGGAACCAUGGGCGAGCGUUGGGCGCUGGGCCCGGCGGCAGGGUCCUCGUUGCUGUUGUGCUCAGCGCUACUGGCGGCGGGGUGCACGCUAGGCCUGCGUCUGGGCCGCGGGCGGAGCGCGGUGGAGCGUUGGGUGCUCGCCUGGCUCUGCUACGACUCACUGGUGCACUUCGUGCUGGAAGGCGCUUUUGUCUACUUGUCUAUAGUAGGAAAUGUUGCAGAUUCCCAAGGCUUGAUUGCAUCUUUAUGGAAAGAAUAUGGCAAGGCUGACGCAAGAUGGCUGUAUUUUGAUCCAACCAUUGUGUCUUUGGAAAUCCUGACUGUUGUCUUGGAUGGGUUCCUGGCAUUGGUCCUCAUUUACGCCAUAGUCAAGGAGAAGUAUUACAGGCAUUUCGUACAGAUUACCCUGUGCGUGUGUGAACUCUAUGGCUGCUGGAUGACCUUCUUCCCUGAGUGGCUUGUCGGAAGCCCCAACCUCAACACCAACAGCUGGCUCUACCUUUGGAUCUAUUUGGUGUUCUUCAACGGCCUGUGGGUUCUGAUCCCAGGCCUGCUGCUGUGGCAGUCAUGGGUAGAACUGAAGAAGAGAGGUCACCAAGAGGCCAGCUUGGCGAGGAAGCAUAAGUGAAGUCUCACAACAGGCCAUUCUGAUGUUCUGCUUCCUGAGUCAGAACUGACCAGACAUUCCGAUCUGUUUCUUUUUUACAGUGUUUUGACGCAGCCAUUAUAGAUGGGUGGGGAGGUGGCAGACUUGGCUGUUUGUUUUGGUUCUUUGAUUAAAUGACAACAUAAAGAGAGAAGUUGGGGUGUGGUUCAGUAGUGUUGUACUUGCCUAGCACUCACGAGGUCCUCAGUUAGACCCUUAACACUGCUAGGGGGUGCUGAGUAAGCUUCCACUUGUAACAGGAUCAUAUUCAAUCAGACCCCCAGUCAUGGCUAGCAGAAUCGUCACGCCAUGUUAAUAAGUAUCAUAGGAUACUGUAAGGAGUGGUGUAAUUUUUAUUACAAAACAAAACCCCCUUUUUGCUCCAGCUUUUUCUUCUCAUGGUCUCUUUGGGUUUGUUAUGUAAACCUAGAAGUAAAAGGAAUUUGUUCUGUUUUAUACUCA